UAAUCAAAUAAUAUCAAUGUACAGUUCUGAUUGUAUUUAAUGUAAUGUAAUCAACUGGAAUGCAUGCAUGUAACACUUAAUAGCACAACAACUGGUAUUGACUGAGGGUCAUUUGAAAUCCGAGUUACAAUGAACUCACCAGAAGACCACUCCCAGAGGUGUGGACACUAACUUUCACACCUUUACGGAUCGGUAUAAAUAGCUGUAGGCAACCAUUGUUCUGAGAUGUUGUUCAUCUGACCCUUUCUUUUACUAAAUACAUUUGAUUUGAACCUUUCGAUGUGCGAUGUCCUUUGUCCGUCCGGUGAUUCCUAAUUUUGAAUACAACAAACAUUUUUACGGAUGCUUUAAAAAUGUUAUGACAAAAUUGGACUUACAAGGUAAAUUCUGAUAUAUAUCCUGCAGCUGACUGCCAUAAAUACUUUUUAAAGUCCAACGGAAAGGGAGGGAUUGUAAACCGGUUAGCAAAGCCUUGCUGGACCUAACAAUAAACCACUAGCGUGGCUCUGGAAGUCUUAUAAAUGCUCCUCUGGGAGAGUGCGACACAGAGUCAGCGAUCGCUCAAACGGUGCUGAAUCAGCCACAGACCGAUAAGCGAUAAACAACCCAGACAAUCGGCAGUAUGACUUGAAUGUCAAAAGGCCACGACAAUCGAUCCCACGGAGCUCGUAAACCAGCUCGGCAUCGCGUUAUCUCUGCACUAUCUGCGGAGAAAACACAACGCCAUACGAGUACUAUUUGAUCAGUGAUUGCAAACAAUGUACUGGUCAAUUCAGUUCACACUUCUAGGAUCAUGAUAUCACUGUUAUGUAUUACCAAGUAGAGGGUAAACCAGAGGCCUGGUUAUAUAACCUCUCAAUGGUUAUAUUUAAACCCAGGAAAAGCAUCUUUGAUACUCACUCAAACAAAGACAAGAAAUAUCACGCCGGGAAAUAUCAGCAAUCCUUGAUGAAAGGGUGACGGAGGACACUCUGUGGUUCUGUCGUCUUACAGCGAGCAGAACAAAACCAAGUGCCACCGGGGACCGGUCCACCUAUUGUUGGAGGGCUGACACAUAAUCAGGGGAAUAUAGGUGUUCCCCUUCCCAGAGGUUUACGAUGUCAGGGCCGUGCAUGGUAUGGUGCGGCGGGGGCCAUUGUCAAGUGUCCCAGGGGCGGAGGAAUCAGCACAGAGGUGGAGGAGAAGGAGGCGCAAGAGGCCACUUGGCGAGAGCGGGGGGGUAGAUGCUGUGGGGAACGGCGUAAAGGAGAGUGAUCCCAAUUUGUGCCCCGAGAAAGAGUCAAAGCCCACCAGGAGACGGGGAAAUAUGUGGAUUCAACCCCUGUUGCUGAUGAGUCUACUCGCAGUACUGGAAUACAGCUGUGCAGUUGUCGACCCGAAGGAAUGUGCGGCGGCGGGCAGCAGGUGCCACCCUCAGGCCGACUGUCUGGCAGUCAGAAACAACUUCAACUGCACGUGCCGCAUGGGCUACCAGGGCGACGGCCUGCUGUGCAACGACAUCGACGAAUGCCUGGUUGGCCUGCAAAGAUGUCACCCGCGGGCCCGCUGCAGCAACAGCCUGGGGAGCUACGACUGUGCGUGCCCAAGUGGAUAUGUGGGAGACGGCUUCAGCUGCCAGGACAUCAACGAGUGCCAAAACGACAACGGGGGUUGCAAUCCCAAUGCCCUCUGCACAAACACUGAGGGUAGCCGACAGUGCAUGUGUAACGCCGGCUUCACGGGCAACGGCUUCGAAUGUAAUGAUGUUAACGAAUGCACCAACCAAAGGAUCUGCCACUGGAACGCCACCUGCACCAACAACCCCGGGUCCUACAUGUGUACCUGUAAUGCUGGCUACAAGGGCAACGGGAACUACCUGUGUCUUGAUGUAGAUGAAUGUUCACAGGCUCCUCCUGUGUGUUCCUCCACACUUGGCUACACAAGCUGUAUAAACCUGCCCGGCGCCUUCCGCUGCACGUGCAGCAGCGGCUACGAAACCAACGGGCAGAGGUGCGUGGACGUCGACGAGUGUGCGAGGAACGUGUGCAGUCUCUACGCACUCUGCAUCAACACCGUAGGGUCGUACCGGUGUACCUGCAACAGUGGCUUUGACGGAAACGGACUGACGUGCGCGGACGUGAAUGAAUGCAACGGAAACAAUCAAUGCGAUCCCUCUGCUGCUUGUAUCAACAGAAUCGGGAGCUACGAGUGCUCCUGUUUUGGUGGUUUUAUAGGAGACGGUCGACUGUGUGAAGACAUCAAUGAGUGUGCAAAUCCCAACAUCUGCCCUUCAACCACUACCUGCGUCAACACUCCCGGGUCGUAUUACUGCGACUGUGGCAGCGGCUUCGUCUUCAACAACUCCAUUUGCUUUGACCAGGAUGAAUGCUCUGAGGGCCGCUGCAGCCCAUUUGCAAACUGCAUAAACUCGCCUGGCUCCUUCUCUUGUCAGUGCAUAGCAGGGUACACGGGAGAUGGCUUCACCUGCAGGGAUGUGGAUGAGUGCACGCUUGCAAAACAGUGCCACUCUAACGGCUUUUGCAUCAACCUCCCCGGCUCCUACAACUGCACCUGUCAGGUGGGUUACUCUGGAGAUGGGGUGAUACAGUGUACAGAUGUGAACGAGUGUCUAGUGGAUAAUGGAGGUUGCAGAAACAAAGCUUUGUGUGUCAACAACCGGGGCUCCUUCUCAUGCCAGUGCCAGUCGGGCUUCAUUUUGGUAAACCAGACUCUUUGUCAGGAUGUAAAUGAGUGUGUGGAGCGGAUCAACCCGUGCCGAGUGAAUGAAGAGUGCAAGAACGUCGACGGGACAUUCGAGUGCCCCUGCCGGGUCGGCUACUACCGCCCAGCCAGCAACAUGGACUGUGUUGAUAAGGACGAGUGUACAGACAACCCGUGCCAUGUCAACGCCACGUGCCUCAACACUAUUGGGUCCCACACUUGCACCUGUAAGCGAGGUUUUUCAGCAAAUGGCACCCGGUGUGAAGAUGUAAAUGAGUGUUCUAUCGAAGGCACAUGCCACCCACGGGCGCUCUGCACCAACUUCAUAGGGAGCUUCUUCUGCUCCUGUCAGCGGGGUUUCAAAGGUGAUGGCUUCUCCUGUCAGGAUGUGGACGAGUGCGCCCUCUCCGAUACCAUUUGCCCGGCCUACUCAAAGUGUAUCAACUCCCCCGGUGCUUAUGUUUGUUCAUGUUUGAAUGGCACAGUGGCCUUCAAUGGCACCUGCAUGCCACCCAGUCCGUUGUGCAACCCUCCCUGUCACAGUCACGGCCUGUGUCACCAGUCACCUGCCGGUUACCAGUGUGUGUGUGACCUGGGUCACGUGGGCGACGGGCUGGCGUGCUCUGACAUAGACGAGUGUCAGAAGGAAAACCUUUGUCCUCAAAAUGAAACCGAGUGUUUGAAUAUCCCGGGAUCGUUUUCCUGCGUCUGCAAAAAAGGCUACAGUCUCAAUGGAUCAUUGUGUCGUGAUGUGAAUGAGUGUGAGACAGGGCAGCAGAAGUGCAGUAAGUUUGCACGGUGUGUCAACACAAUUGGGAACCAUUCCUGCUUCUGUCUCAGCGGCUUCACAGGUGACGGGAAGAACUGCUCUGACUUUGAUGAGUGCCAAGUCCAAAAUGGAGGAUGCCAUCCAGUUGCCAGCUGUCACAACACGCCGGGAUCUUUCUACUGUGCCUGCCCACCUGGCACAACAGGCAGUGGCUUUGACUGCCAAGACGUAAAUGAAUGUGAUCAGAACUCCACCCUGCCUCACAACUGCAGCACCCGGGCUUUAUGCAGCAACACAAAUGGGUCCUACAUUUGCCAGUGCCAAGAUGGAUACCAGGGUGAUGGCUUUGUGUGUGUGGAUGUGGACGAAUGUCGGGAGGCUAAUACUUGUAGCGGGAACAUGACAUGCAACAAUACCCCUGGUUCCUACACAUGUUGGUGUAUCUUGGGCUUGGUGUAUGACGAGGGCACAUGCGUGACCAAAGACACCUGCCUAAAUGCCAAUAGCAUCUGCGACCCAUUCGCCAAGUGCCGCCAACACCAGGGGUCCUUCUACUGCAAGUGUAAAGAUGGUUUUAAUGGAAAUGGCAGCAAAUGCUUGGACGUGGACGAAUGUGAGGAAUCGCAUGAGGAAGUCUGCCCCGCCUUCUCCUACUGCCACAACACGUUUGGCUCCUACAUCUGUGAUUGUUGGAAAGGGUUUCAGGACAAUGGGACACAUUGUCAGGACGUGGAUGAAUGUGUGACAAGGAACUUCACCUGUCCUGACAACAGCACUUGUGCUAACAUGGAGGGGAGCUACAAAUGUGCCUGUAAUCCAGGUUUCUCUGGCAAUGGCUCAGUGUGCCUGGAUGUAGACGAGUGCUCUCUUGGCUUCGUACGGUGCCCUAAGUUCUCUUACUGCCUAAACACAAUUGGAUCUUUUGUCUGCGAGUGCUGGGAAGGCUACGAAGGCAACAACACUCACUGCGAGGAUAUUGAUGAGUGCCAAGACAACUCUACAUGCCCUAAGCAUAGCACGUGCAUCAACACCAACGGAAGCCACGUAUGUCGUUGCAAGGAUGGAUAUUCGCGCUUGGAUGCUUUGUGUGUGGACAUCGAUGAAUGCAAUGACACGCAGCUAGUGGAUCUUUGCACCAAUGGCACUUGUAUGAAUGCUAUCGGCUCGUAUUACUGUGAAUGCAUCAAAGGAUUCUGGAGUAAUGGGACGGAGUGCGUGGAUGUGGAUGAAUGCUCAGAUUCCCUCAACUCCUCGGUGUGUCGGAAUCAUUCAACAUGUGUCAAUUUGCCUGGGUCUUACCGUUGCCCCUGUAAUCAAGGGUUUGUUCUGAAUGGUGCGGAGUGUCAGGAUGUGGAUGAGUGUAACUCCGCCGAUGGCCCCCCUUGCCCCGAGCACUCAUUAUGCAGCAACACAGCAGGUUCCUUCUUCUGCCUGUGUUCACCUGGGUACAAAACCAUCGGCGCCCGCUGCGAGGAUAUUAACGAAUGCAAGAACAACACCACCUGCCGUUUUGAUCAGGUGUGUACCAACAUCCCGGGAACGUACAACUGCUCUUGCCCGUUGGGGCAUCGAGAGGAGAAAGGGGCAUGUGUCGACACCGACGAAUGUGAGAGUUCACCGUGCCACCGAUCGGCGCGUUGCUGGAACACGCCUGGCUCCUUUUCAUGCCACUGCUCUUUAGGCUUCGCUGGAAAUGGCUCCUCGUGCAAAGACGUGGAUGAGUGCGUCGCCCUGACCAAACCGUGCCACCCCCUCGCUCGCUGCCUCAACACCCCAGGGUCAUUUGUAUGUGUGUGUCAGCCUGGCUUUGUGAGUAUCGGGCCACUGUGUGUAGACUUUGUAGAGUGCGAACAGGCUAAUGCGCUGUGCCACCCUGCGGCGACCUGCAUUAACCAUGCAGGAGGCUUCAAAUGCUCUUGCGGUCAGGGUUGGAAUGCUACCGAAGAAAAUUGUAGUGGAAAAAGAGGAUGUGUGGACAUGGAUGAGUGCAUGUCAAGCCAGGCAUGUCCUGGGCAAACAAUCUGUACCAACCUGCCAGGGUCUUACAAGUGUUCCUGUCCAAAAGACAGCACGGUUUGCCGAACGAUGAUGGAGAGUAGCCUGUACCCGUUUGGAGCGGAGGUUGGUGAUAAAGGAUUAAAAAUGGACGCUGAAGAUGGAAAUUCCCCGUACAUUACUCCACCAAUGGGUUUCCCCUUCAUGGGAAGAUUGUACGAGAGAGUAUAUUUUUCUGACAACGGCCUUGUCCAGUUUCAAUCUGUCACUGAGAAUGAGCAGUACUUGCUCCCGGCCCCUUCGGCGACCGGUUUCCCUGAAAACAUGAAUGUGUCUCUGUUGGCGGCAUUUUGGGAUGAUGCUGACCUCACUCGUGGGAACGGACGGCUACUCUAUCAGGAAUACCAUAAACUGGAUAUGGCGAACAUCUACUCCCAGAUAGUUUUCAACCGUACGGCGAACGAGGUGUCAAAGUUUGAGGAGGGGAGAAAUAAUCCUGCCUUCACCCCUGCCUGGAUCCUCAAGAUCACCUGGGACCAAGUGAUACCUGUCGCCUUUCAGGAGAUUGACCACUCAGAGACCAACACUUUCCAGUGUAUCCUGACCACGGACGGAGUGCGCUCCUUUGCCCUGCUGCGAUACGGGGAGAUGCUCUGGGGUCCGGGCCGGAGGCUGCACCAUGACGCUCUCAUUGGCUACACUGAUGGGAAGUCCUCCUACAAGGAGCCCACGGUCCCCCCGGGAAACCUUUUUGGGCCCGGGGGCAGAUACAGGCCCCAGGAUCUGAAAGGGGUCACGGGGAAGCCGGGUCAGCUGGUGUACGACUUGAAGGGACGGUCCGGGUCGGACGUGGACCCGCGCGUCAGUUGCCAAGCGUGGGCGACCAAGGAGCCGGACCCCGCUGAGUGGACAAUGGAGCUUUCCUCGUGUCCCUGCACCCGCACCCAGGCUCAGGAGGACCUGUCCUUCCUGCAGGACACUACGGAUCCGGGUUCCAGGGUGAAGGAGCUGCGGGCACAGCGGUGGGGAGGCGCGGGGGGUGACGUCUUUCAGUCCAUCCUUUCUAACAGGCGCGGGUCAGGGAAGAGGUGCGUGUACGAGCCUGAUGGUCCCCUGCUGGCCGGCUACAGUGAGCGCUACUUCUCCAGAAACAGCAUGCAGAAACAUAUCGAUGAAGAUCUCCUGCCAUUCCAGUGGUGUUGUAUGGAGUCCCCUCUGUGCCACUUUUACCUCAACAAGAGACCACUAGACCGUUGCCAGGGUUACGGCUGGGACAGUCCUCACGGCUACACUCAGGGAAAGGGGACGCAGGGUGUCGCGAUGGUGUACGGAAGCCUCCAUAUCAUCACCUUCGACGGCACCGAGUACACCUUCAAGGCGCUGGGAGUGUUUGUCAUACUGCGCCUCUCCUCCGGCGCCGGCUAUAAUAUCUUCACCCUGCAAGGACAGACCGACAAACUGCAAACAGACACAAAGGGGAUCGCUGAGGUCCCAGCGGUGGUGCGCAUGGCCGCCUUCUACCAGGGCAUUGGCAAGAUUGAAUGGAGAUGUGUGGAGAACAGAGACGGACUGCAGGUCUUUGUGGACGGCGUUGAGGUCCCAGUCACAGUUGGCGUCGUGCACGUGGGGGAAAAGGACUUUGCGGUGCGCUGCACGUCGGUGAAUCGCUGCGUGGCGGUGUACGCCGGUGGACUCCACGUGGUGGCGUGGCGGGUCGCCGGCCACAAACAGAUGGCGGCCAUGGUGGAGGUUCCGCAGACAUUCUACAACCGCACGGUGGGCCUGAUGGGUCUCUGGAGCUCAAUGCCCUCCGACGAUUUCCUCAUGUCCGACGGGAGGCCCCUCCGCUCGGCGGACCCCAACUCCCCCUCAGAGGAGGAACUGCACACCUUCGGCCUGUCCUGGGCAGUUCCCCUCCCAGAGAGCCUGUUGUUCUCUCCUCCUCCACUGGUUCCACUGGAGUCGGCCUCCUUUGAGCUCUUGCUGGCCAGCGUCAGUCCUGCUGACUUAGAGGGUCUGAGGAGGACUUGUGAAGGCAGCACACAGUGCAUCCACGACACUGUAGCCACGGGCAGCUCCGAGCUGGGUCUGCAGACUCUGGAGGCCAAGAAGCAGUAUAAAAACCUAGCUCUGAUCUAUGGUAACAUGCCUCCCAUAGUGACAGAGCCCAAAGUGAUUCUCUGCAGGGUCAACUCGACCGUCAACGUCCAGAUCGUCGCUCAGGACCCCAAUAAAGACCCCAUCACCUACUCACUUCUCUUCCCCCGGCCUGCACGGACCUCCAUAGGCAGCGUCAACGGCUUGUUGACGUGGACGCCCUUGACCACGCAGCCUGUCCAGCUGACCGUCAUGGUCAGUGACCAGCUCUCCAGCUCCCUGUUCACCCCCAUCCUGCGCGUCUGCAACUGCCUCAACGGAGGCUCCUGCCAGUACGACAGCGUCACCGAAAACCACCAGAAGGGAACUUUCCAGGUGGUGGCCUGCUUGUGCCCCAAGGGAUUCAGUGGCAAGUUCUGUGGCCAAGUCGCAGACGUGUGUCGAGGCCAGCCGUGUUUCCGAGGGGUGCGGUGCCGGCGGGACCCCGAGCCCGGCCAGUUCACCUGUGAGGGGUGUCCCGACAACACCUUCCCGGCGGGAAAAGAGGGAUACAAGUGCUUUGAGCACGACAUGUGCAGCCCUCCUUUCCCCUUCCCCUGCCACAAAGACGCCGUCUGCCUCAGCACGAGGCAAAACUUCACCUGCACGUGUAAAACGGGCUUCACUGGCGACGGACAUAACUGCACAGAUAUAGACGAGUGUGCAGAGCUCACAACCUGCGGCAAUGCCAAGUUUGAGUGCAGGAACGGGCCCGGCUCCGUCGCCUGCCUCUGCAGAUACCGGAGGAGCAAGGACACGGACGGGUGUGGUGACUCGGCCAAUCCUCCAGGGUGUAACGUGUUCAACGUCUCUGUGGGCUGGGCGAAGAGCACACCUGAUGGACUCCAGCGGCUGGUGGACCUUCUGUCAAUGGGCUUCCAGAACAAAUUCUACAACGCCAGCCAGAGGGAUGGCGUGCAGGGCUCCCGGCCGGAUGUGACAGAGUAUCGCAUCAACGUGUCCAGCGACACACCCCACUGGUACAUCAGAGACUACAUGGCCAGAGUCAGUAGCCUCUACUCAAUGAGUACCGUAGAAGUUGACGAUCUGGAUGAGUGUGAGGCCAAGGAGGCGGACUGCGUCCCUCCUGCGCUGUGCAGCAACACUUACGGAGGCUACAGGUGUGUCUGCAACGGCACAACCGACGUGGAUGAAACCCAGUCCUGCAUACUAGACAGAGACAAGGCGAAGGAUGCAGAACUGGACCUUGUUCUGGCCCUGGUGCUGGGCAUCGGCAUCCCUCUGCUUCUACUGCUGCUCCUCGCACUACUGGCUUGCUUCUGCUGGUGCAAGAAGCGUAAAGACCUCCCCAAGACAUUGUAUCCGAACCACGUCGAGCAGCAGCACAACCCUCCGCCCUUCAACUACUCGGAUCCUGCCCUGCACUACGUGACCCACUUCAGCCCCCGGAUACUAGACAACUACACGCCCAGGCAACGCUACCGAUAGUACAUGCCAAAGCACAUGCAUGCAUAGGGGCCCGUCACGUUGAGAGUUGUUUUCUGUACCAUUUUUUUCAUAAAUUUGUGUCUAAGCAGGACACAAAAAUGGUUGCAUGUGUGAAAAGGCUGAAACGGGCUGUAAUGUGAUCAGCUGAUGCAACUUGCCCUCCAUGUUUCCUCCUUAUUAUUGUGUCUGAAAGCAUAAAUUACUUUUUUGCACAAGAAGUCUAAUUCUGAAAUCUUGCAUUACAGCCACAUUGUUGAAAUCAGCUAAAUCUUGUUGGAUAACAUUAAGCUGCUCUUUCUUGCUCUAUAACUCGUUCAGUCAAAUCAAGUUGUAAAUGACACAACAACGAACAGAAGGCAAAAAAUAAAGCACAUUUCUCUGUAUGGCCUUUUCCAUAAGUUUGUCAGAAACAUGUUAUAACAAUGGGAGUGUGUCAGAGGCAAAAAGCAGAACUUUUAGGACGCCUUUGAAGGUGAGGAGUUGCCCCCAGCGGCUCACAUUGCAGCCCUUUUUGUAGCUGUCCUCUGCAGCGCUUUUCCUCACUGCUGGACCAAUUUCAAAACUUGUGGUCCACAUUAUUCACUACAACAAAAAGGGAUGAAAGAUAACGAAGCAACCCUUCAAAGGGAGACAAAAAGCACCAGCGUGCACAUAGAAAUGCACAGACUCGCGUGGGGCAACCACUUUUUGAGUCACUGUAUGUUUUAUAAAGACCAGAUGAAAUUACCCGUAUUUAUAUUGUUUACAAUAAAACAUCCACUAGUAAUUAACCGGAGUGACUUUUAAAGUCAAUUAUUUCCAAUGCUCUCUGCGCAGCAAUGGACGAGCCAAGUUUGAGCUACUAGUGGUCGUUUCUUUUUGCCUGGACAACAGUUUACAGUCGAGAGUCUGACCUUGCAGAAACAAUCUGAUGAAAAGUAAACCACUGCAGUGGUUUCAAGCUGAUGCCACAGAUUCCCCCAUAGCAACCCGCCAGAAUAUGUGACUAUUACACUUAUUUUACAUUUACAUUUUGGAAUACGUGGGCUUCUGCCAUGGAGUUUGUGAUAGUUUUAGUACAAAAUGUGCAGGAAUUCAUCCAAGUUUGUAUCACUCAUGAUAAGCCCCCAAAAGAUAUUCUUAAUGUAAAUCAUUGAAGAUGGUUCCUCGGCAACGCUGUGCUGUGGGGAUGUUAUUUUAGGCUACAUCCUGACAUCCAAGAUGUUAGGAUGUAGCAACGUUUCUCUUUAACAGUGGGGGUGGGGUGGGGGCAUUUAACAGGAAGGUCCAACUCUGCCUCUUUAAGGACCGUCUCCGCAGCUCGCCCUGACUUCUGAAGAUAUCAUCUUCCCCACUAGCCUCAAUAUAUCUUCAUGUGACGUGCUAUUUUCAAAUGUCAAAACUUAAUCGUGUUUUUUUGUGGCCAGGGGAGGCAGUGUUGAUUUCAUCAUUGACUAUAUAAUCUUCUAUCCAAUCAGUGCUGGAUGAAGUCACAGUACUCAAUGAAUGUAAUGAUCCCACUGUGGAAAAACCCCAUCACCUAUAAAAAUGCUCCGACAUCUUCUAUGAUCACUGUU